UAGGUAUCGUUUUAAUGACGUAUGACGACAGAGAACGUUUGGAUGGUUCUUGGAAAGCGCACGCGGUCACAGGACUCGGGACACUUUGAAGCGGGGAGGAGUUACGGUGGUGUGUUCGUUUGAACUUUUUUUUUGUGUUGUUUCGUUCAACUCGAGAUACCGUUUCAGGCAAGACGACAGUAUAGGAAACAUGGUUGACUGGCAGGCUACUACAUCCAAGAUCUGUGAAACUUAAGUAGCGCGUAUGGUUACACGUGUCUGAAAACGGGAACAUGAAGACCUUUGACGGUGACGGUAAUGUAAUGGUGUGAUUUAUAGCGGACGCAUUGCACGCGAAGUCUCCCACCACGGAUUAAUUUGGUUAACGUCUCAUUCCUCUCCAGAAAACGGAUCUCUCCAGAUCAUUCUGGAUCUCUCUCUCCUCGCCCCUAUAGUGGAUUUGGAUAUGGGAUAGUGAUCCCAGACUCCUGGACCACACACCUCCGGCCCUUCUUCAGCAAGCAGGAGUAUCUUCUAGUGCGACACACACAAACCGUCAGCUGGUUCACAGUGGCUACUACUGGGGAUGGGGGAUCCAGUGGAGGGCUCUCUUCUGUAUGAUGGUCAGAGACACUCUGGCAGGAACCACAGUGGAACCAUCGCAGAACCACGCGGCACCCACGCAGAACCAGGACGGAACCCAGCAGCUUCCAGGGGAAACCCUAGAACACGUAGAACAACAGAACCGCGUUCAAGAACAACAGAACCAACUCCUAGAACUCGAGAACUUCGAACUCUUAGGUCAAGAGAAUGAACUCUUAGAACAACAGAUCCUAGAACAACAGAACCAACUCCUAGAACUCGAGAACUUCGAACUCUUAGGUCAAGAGAAUGAACUCUUAGAACAACAGAACCUAGAACAACAGAUCCAACUCUUAGAACUAGAGAAUACGGUCCAGACCAGCACAGACAACCGGACCACACCUCCAGACAAGACCAGUUCUGGCGGUGCCCUCCAUCCAAAGUGGCCUCACCAGAGCAACUUUAGAGCGACUAGAUCCAGUGUCCCUCCCCCCUGGCCAAGCCCCAGUGUCCCUUCCCCCUGGCCAAGCCCCAGUGUCCCUCUCCCCUGGCCAAGCCCCAGUGUCCCUCUCCCCUGGCCAAGCCCCAGUGUCCCUCUCCCCUGGCCAAGCCCCAGUGUCCCUCUCCCCUGGCCAAGCCCCAGUGUCCCUCUCCCCUGGCCAAGCCCCAGUGUCCCUCUCCCCUGCCUCGGACCUCUUCUCCACUUGCCCGAUCCGAUCCCAGACUCCUGGCCCACACACCUCCGGCCCUUCUUCAGCCAGCAGGAGUAUCUUCUAGUGCGACACACACACCGUCAGCUGGUUCACAGUGGCUACUACUGGGGCCCUAUGGAGAUGGAGGAGGCCCACCGCACACUGCUACUCACACCGCCUGGGAGCUUCCUCAUCAGGGACAGCAGUCAGCCGGACGUCUUCUUCACCCUCAGUUACCACGGCGACUGGGGGCCCGUCAGUGUCCGCGUCCUCCUGACCAGUCAGAGUUUCCGCCUCAACGGCAGUAACAAGGCCUUUGAUUCGUUGUUCGCCUUGCUGCGGUUCUACGUGGAGUCAUCCCAUAGGCGGCUGCGGAGGGCGUGGCGCAGGGAGCGACCCAUGACCUUACAGCAGCUGUGUAGGGGACGAAUCGUGGAGUUGUACGGAGCGGAGAGGAUAGAUUCACUACCUGGGCUCAACCAGGUGGUCAUACAGUAUCUACAGGACUAUCCUUAUAGUAUAUAGACACACCCUCCUGCCGGAGAGUUUGGGGCACCACUUCCGUUUCAACAGACUGAAACUUUCUGAACGGUACUGACCCGAAACUACAAUGGAGUGGAGCCCCAGAAAACGGAAUUGGAAUUUGCUGUUUUUUACACUCUCUGUCUCUGGUCUGGUUCUGUGGUUCUGUCUCUGGUCUGGUUCUGUGGUUCUGUCUCUGGUCUGGUUCUGUGGUUCUGUCUCUGGUCUGGUUCUGUGGUUCUGUCUCUGGUCUGGUUC